AUGACACUUGGCGGGAAUCUAAAGAACGUCGGUUCGUGUGCCAGGUGGGACACAGGUACCGUUCACUAUUCCGAUAGAAGGACUCUUAUCGGGUACCUAUUGUUACGGGUGCGAUCUCCAAAAACAACGAAUAUGGCCGCUGUUGUACUUGUAUUCCCAACCGAAGCACGUUUCUAUUAUGAUUGUCCGUUGGGUUCAUGUUUUUCCAUUCAGUUUUUGGUGGUUCGCACACGAGUGUGGAAAAAUACAUGUGAUUAUACAAGAUCCGCUGGGCCAUUGUACUGUUUCAAAGACAGUCUGACGAUGCAAAUACGCUUUGCCGUAUCAGUUGGUCUAAACUGGACUGACUGUGUCGGACGCGCGCUUGACAUCAACCCUCUCUCCCGUGUCAUAUGCAAAGCCUGGCUUCGCUUG